AUGGUCGGAAUAACAGUACCUCAAAUCACAAGAGUCAUAUGUUAUGAUAAACAAAAAAUCAAAAUCACAAGAAAAAUAUCGAUCAAUGGAACAACGAAACUUGAAAUUCCAAAUACUGAUUUCAAUCAACCAUUCAUUGUCAUUGAUCCACUUCAAACCAAACCACCUUUGAUUUCUGGAUCUGAUCCAUCUUUGAUGGCUCCAUCGGUCACUACUCAAGCAGUUGCAGGAUUUGGUGGUGCCAACCAACAAAAUGUAUAUUUAAACAGACCACUAGUCGUCACUCUCCACAAGGAUAGAUCCUUUGAGGGAGUUUGUAUUGCAAAGAAUACCAAUAAUAAUCAACUCACCAUUGAAACCAAAGAUUCUAUCGAGAUUGUAAAUAUGAAUGAUGUUCAUUCACUCUCUUAUUUAAAAGGUGAUAAUUUGAGUCCAACAUCAACAUUGAUUACAAUUUUUGGAAAUGGGAGUAGAGAUAUUGAAGUUACCUACUUUAUCCUAAAAGAUCCAAAUCUUCGUGUAAGACAUCAAAUUGGUUUUAAAACACUCAAAGGUGCUGAAGAAGAACAAGACCGUUACUCUCUUCACUUGAUCACCUAUAUCAUUUGGGAUUGUAUCGAAAAGAUUGAUUAUCCUAUUAAAUUAAUGUUUUUAAUUCAAGAUAAGAUGUACAAAGUAGAUGAUUUUAUUGGUGGAUAUUUGGAACAAACAAAGAAUGAAAUCAUUCGAUUUGAAACUGAUGUUAAAAAGGUGAUGGUUUAUACUGACAUGAAACUAGACUACCAAGCAUUUUUGUUGAAGAAUAUAUCCAACAAAUGUAUUCCAACUGGUCCAAUUGUAGUUGAAGGUAGCAAUGCAUUGGGUCACACUCUUGCAUUAUGUGAACCAAAUGAACAUGUCAUUGUGUAUUGUCCACCAGUUAUUGGAUCAUCUCUUGUCCUAAAGCCAGAUCUCUAUGUCAAAAAGACAAGCUCCAUCUCACCCAUUCGUAUUCCUCGUCUCACCUAUAGCAAGAUGGUGACAUCCCUCUCACUCGAAGCCAAUGUAUCUGUUUCAUUCCUCUUUGCCAACCUCACAAACACAGACUACUCUAUCGUCCUUAGAAACUCGCUCACCGUCCUACCACACGAGUGUCAUCACACACUCGUCGAAGGUAUCUUGGACCUAACCACCAACAAUGCCACCAAGCUCAACCCAAACAACUCACUCUAUCUCAUUGAGCUCCCUCAACUCGAGAGUAAAACACUCACCUUUAAAGGUGUAAGAACUGGAACUAAAAGUAUUAGACACCAAAUCGACCUUUCAUCUUUCAAAUUUAUGGAAAGAGUAUUUGGUGCUGUCAAUCAAGAAAAUAGAGAUGAAUUUGAAAUCUCUAAAGUCAAUGUUGACAAUAAAGAAGAUCAAGAUGUUUUAUAUGAAUGCUUUAAACAUUUAUAUAUGCCAAAUUCUCAUCAACCAUUUGGUGGCAACAACAACUUCAACAACCAAAACCAUGGAUCACUAUUUGGUCAACAGAAAACACAAACAUUUGUACAAACAUCGUCUGCAUCUAAUAAUGAAGUAGUACAACAACAACAACAACAACCACAACAACAAGGAUUUGGACUUACCCCAUCAUUUGGCCCAUAUAUACAACCAAAUGUAGGAUAUGCCACUUAUUCAUCUUCACCAUUUGGACAUGCAUCCGCUGCCCCUGCAUUUGGACAUGCAACAGCAGCCCCUUCUAGUGGUGGACUAUUUGGAAGUUCUGCUCCUGCCACUACUACAUCUACGUUUGGUGGAGCCCCUGCUUCUGCAUCAGCAUUUGGAAGUAGUCAACCAACCACUAGUGGUGGACUAUUUGGAAGUUCUGCUCCCGCCACUACAUCUACAUUUGGUGGAGCCCCUGCUUCUGCAUCAGCAUUUGGAAGUAGUCAACCAACCACUGGUGGUGGUGGACUCUUUGGUGCGCCAAACCCCUCUGCCGUUGUAACAGGUACUGUCCCUGCCACUAGUCAACCAACCACUAGUGGGCUAUUUGGAGCACCAGCUUCUCCAUUUGGAUCAACUCAACCAACCACAACCCCCGUCCCAUCUACGGGAUUUGCAUUUAGUACUGUUCCCGCAUCCACCGGUGCAUUUGGACAACCACCAACCGGAGCAACAGGUGCGUUUGGACAACCACCACCAGUCUGUACUUUUCAAUCAGAACCAACCAUUGUAGCAUCAAAUAUUGAACAAAAAAACCUAUCAUUAGAAGAAUUAAGAUUACAUGAUGUUACUCAAAAACCUUAA